CAAAAAGAAAAAAAAAAACUAUAUUAAGGUAAGAUUUUCGGUAGAGUCUAGCGUAUAAUUAAUCAUGAUAGAAAUAUCCCAGAAGGCUAUUAGCUGAGAAUCCGUGAACCAGAUUUUCUUAAUUUGUUAAAUAGCCUGGUUGAAGUUUGUUUGAUUAAUUAGGCUGUUACGUAGUUAUUUGGAAUCUGCAGACCGAGAAGCUCGCAGAGAUUCAAAAGGCCGAAAUUAAGAUCUAGCAGAGAAAAAUUAAAGUUGAUUUGAGGGAUUAAUUACAAAAUCAUGGGCAACUGCAUGGAGACAUACACUAUAGGGGAGAAACAGCAGCAGCAAAAAGAAGAAGAAGAAAGAGGAUCAUUAUCAAAUGAAGAGAAGAAUGGUCUAAGCAUGAAAGUUGUGCUGACAAAGGAGGAACUGAAAUGGCUGAUACUUGAACUGAACAAGAAAGGAGAAGCUGGAGGAGUGAGGUUGGAAGAAAUGCUGGAAGAGAUAGAAAGAGGCAGAGAAGAGAAGGUUGAUCAGAAUGAGAGGGGAUGGAAGCCUUCUUUGGAGAGCAUCUUGGAGGCUCCUGAAUUGCUUGAGAUGGACACCACAUGAUUAAUGAUCAUUUUCUUAAUUACUACUUUUCAUCUUAAUUAUUUUCAUCCCCUGUUUUGUAGUCUAUAGACCUUUUUUGGAAUGAUCUACGUUUGUAAAUCUUAAGGUGAUCCAAGAGUAAUGAGAUAAUCAGGUACAUUCAAUUUUUUUUCUCCAGUUUAUUUAAGAGAAUUCAAAAAAACCAUUUUAUGAAAA